UGAAAAAGACGCAUCUGUCAGCAGGAACUGUACAAAACAUCAGUCAUGAACACUACUUGCACAUUACAGGAACCCAGCAGGGAGUUAUUUCCAUAUCCACUGUACAGCCCUGCCCUCGCUCCAAGCCAUUUCCACAUGUUCGUUCCAUUUAAAGGAGUUCCUGAGAGGCCAGAAUUUUAGACUUGAAGCAGGUAGUCUGAUCAUGGCUGCAGCGUACUGAGAAAACUUUCCAAAACCCUAUUUAAACACUAGUGAAACACUGAGUAACUGGAUAAGUGUGGCAGGGGAUUGGACUUGCAACACACUUCUCUUUGGCAAAUGAUGGCUCUUACUGUAACUGCCGUGGACUUUUGGGAAAGGGACUAAACAAUCAAAAAGUUUGUUGGCUUAACCGUGCUUCACCUCCACAAUGUGAUGUUUAUCAUUAACUUGAGUGUCUUUUCCGGACUAGCUGAUACUGGUAUUUAAGCUCAGGCCAAAGAACCAACAACGAGUCCCCUAGGUUAUCUUAAUUAGACUCCUGAAUUCCUGCUAUAACUAAGGUAAAGGGUUUGAUGAAAGCAUGUGGAGGCUAGGAUGGAGUCUGCUGCUUCUGGCCACCACAUUUUGGUUAAGAGGCCACGCCAAAGACAGCGAGGAUCCUCCACGCCCUGGGCACGUGUCUGUGGUUAUAGUAGGUGGCACUGGAGACCUGGCCAAAAAAUACCUUUGGCAAGGAUUUUUCCAUCUUUAUGCCACUCAUGUAGGCAAAGGUCACACCUUCUCCUUCUAUGGAGGUGGCCUUUCAUCAGCUGAAAAUGGCACUCCGCUGCUGUUUGAGAUAUUAAAGGAGCUGAAAUGCCCAUCAGAACUUACGACUGAACGUUGUGCUCUGGUUAAAGAGCAGUUCUUGCGAUUGUCCCAGUACCUGCAGCUCAAGAGCGUGGAGGAUUAUGAAAAGCUUAAUGAGAAGAUCGAAGUGCAGCUGAAGCAGGAGGGCAUGGUGGAAGCAGGACGGCUCUUUUACAUGUCUGUUCCAGCCUUUGCUUAUGCUGAAAUCGCGGAAAAGAUCAAUAGUACUUGUCGGGCCCCAGCCGGAGCAUGGCUUAGGGUUGUUCUAGAGAAGCCAUUUGGACACAGUUUCAACAGUGCUCAGGUUCUAGCCACACAGCUGUACAGUUUUCUGAAAGAGGAAGAGAUGUACAGGAUUGAUCACUAUUUAGGGAAGCAGGUUGUCUCCCAGAUAUUGCCUUUUAGGAAAAGAAAUCAUCAAAUUCUAAAGCCGAUUUGGAACAAGCACCACAUUGAGAGAAUAGAGAUUGUAUUGAAGGAAACGCUGGAUUGCAAAGGCCGGAUUCAGUUUUAUGACCAGUAUGGAGUCAUCAGAGACGUACUCCAAAACCACCUUACAGAAAUCAUGACCCUUUUGAUGAUGAACGUACCGGCCAACCUCUCCAACAGUGAAGAGGUCCUACAGAACAAGCUCAGAGUUUUCAGUAGCCUUGAAUACCUUGAUAGGAGCAGUGUGGUUGUGGGUCAGUAUCAAGGCUACAAUGCAGAAGUCCAGAAGGAACUCAACAAAACAAAGGAUCAUUUCAGCCUUACCCCAACUUUCGCUGGUGUAGUCAUCAAUGGAGACGGUCCUCAGUAUGAUGGCAUUCCAAUAUUUAUGUCAUCUGGCAAGAUGCUUGAUGAACGUGUUGGAUAUGCUCGAGUUAUUUUCAAAAAUGAUAAAUUUUGCAUACAGGGAUACAACAGUGUCCACUGCAAGCCCAAACAGAUCGUAUUCUACCUCGGCCAUGGGAAUCUUCAGUAUUCAGCAAUUCUUGUUAGCAAAAAUUUGUUCAAGCCAGAUCUUGUAAAGAGUGAUUGGAAAGAGAUUACUGAACAUAAAGACAUUUCUGUGCUUGGUUUACCACUCUCUGACUAUCACAUCCAGUCCCCAGAGGUGCCGACAGAGCCUUAUUAUGAGCUCAUAUCUAAUGUGUUCCAUGGACGUAAAGAUAGCUUUGUCAGUACUGAGAACCUCAUGGCCUCGUGGGCUUUCUGGACCCCACUGAUUAAGAGCUUGAUAAAUGUUGUUCCACGACUAUACCCAGGUGGUGCUGCUAACAGUGACUUCCUGAACUUUCAGCUGCAAGGUCGGAUGGUUGGUUUUAUUAGUGAUGAGAAGGUAAAUGUCAUUCAACAAGGUCCUGAAGAGAACUUCCAGGUUAUGCAAGGGAAAUUCCGCAGUGCUGACAUGGUGUCUGCCUGGUCCAAAGAACUAGUGGAGCGCUUAGCCUCUGACCUGCACAAUGUAGCAGAAGAAGUAGUUCAAGUGGAAGGUCAGUUUCAUCUGGCAUUGUCAGGUGGUUCCAGUCCCAUUGCCCUGUUUCUUCAGCUGGCACAGCAACACUACACCUUCCCCUGGCACAGCACUCACGUGUGGUUAGCGGACGAGCGCUGUGUGCCACCCAAUGAAGCAGAUUCCAACUUCCGUACCAUUCAUGACUAUCUACUUCAGAAUGUCCACAUUCCUUACUUCAACAUCCAUCCCAUGCCAGUGCAGCUCAACCAGCGCUUAUGUGUUGAGGAAGAUGGGGGUGCACUCCUUUAUGAGAAGCAAAUAAGCCAGCUAGUCAAUGGCUCUCAUUUCCAUUAUAUACUGCUUGGUGUAGGUGAGGAUGGGCACACUGCUUCACUGUUUCAAGACACCGAUCUGCAGAAUAGUAAUAAAGGAAUGGUAGCCCUGACUGAAAGUCCAAUUAAACCUCAUCAGCGAAUGAGUCUUACAUUCACUGCCAUCAACAAAGCACACAGGGUAGGGGUACUUAUAAUGGGGAAGAGAAAACAUGAGCUUGUUGUUCAACUCAGUAGAAUUAAGGGUGAAACUGCAAAGUAUCCAAUCACAAGUGUACAGCCAAAAAGUGGCCAGCUAACAUGGUAUAUAGACUAUGAUGCACUUUUAGGAUAAGAGCCAGUAACUUCAGGAAUAGCUAUAUAGUGUUCAAUAAUAUACUCAGUUUACUAUAAUAUCAGGGACCACUGGGUGAUUUAGGGAUUUGAAUAAAACUCAGUCAAUUAUAAAACAUAAUUUACAAUAUUCUGCCCAUAAUAAGGAAUACUGAAACUUUCUAUAGAAAUACAGUAUCAGCAUUAGACCAGUUUGUACACAAUUUCAAAUGAACAAAAUCACUAAAAAAUAGGGAAACUGAGCGGUCAUAUUUUUAUUAUUGUACACUUGUCCACUUUUUCAGCCUUUGGAUAAUAUCCUGUUUUACAAAAUGUUCUAUUUCACUGAUUUCCUUUUUUUAUAUGCUUUUCAGUAGGGUUGCAAGGGGGAAACUAUGACACUGUGAAUAUUAAUAUUAAAAGAAAAUAAAUUUGAUAGUUAAAUAUGAUUACUGUGCUAAUUGUAAAAGAAGGGAACAACAUUUUUUAACCAUAAACACUUACCUCCUGUGAUAAAUUCAGUGGUUUAUAAAGACUGUCCUGUAACAGCCUUAUGAAACAAGUAUUUGGACAAGGAAUGCCUGUAGCCUCUGUUAGGGCGGAUUUUUGAGGUAAACACAUGGAUAAAUGGUCUCAUAAUAUGUUAUGAGUUAUGAGACAUUGCGUAAAAGGGAAAUUUAGAGCUAUAAUUCUAACCCUGAACUAAAAAAAAAUCACUUUGUGAAGGUUGCUAUUUGUAUGUACGAACGUCUGUAGUCUAUCAGCAGUAGUGACAGCAAAAUGCUUCCUAUUUCACCAAAUCUAUGCUUGCUUUUGAAAUCGGACAUUGCACAAAUAGACAAAACCAUAUAGGAAAUAAAUACCUCAGGAAAAAAGUGCCUUAUUUUUGUAAUAGUUAUUAAUGUUGUGAUGGUGCCACAAAUACAGUGGUGAUCUUUUGAAGGUUAUCUCCCUAAUUAUUAAAUAUAAUAUCCAAACAAACAAUUCAAAUACAUUCUGGAAAAAAAACACCAUAUACAACACAGUGAAUAAUGCAUUUAUAUUGAUGUGGAUUAAAAUGGCUUGAAUAGGGGGGUUUGGGGAUUUUAGUGGUAAAGGUGUUGGACGAUUGAUCAGAAGAUCCCACAUUAAAACCCAGCACUAUCACUGUUAGGCCCUUGAGAAAAGCCCUUACCCUUCAACUGCUCAUAUGUGUGUCUGUCAAAUGCAAAAUGUAAAUGAAUAUCUGAUAUGAAGUAUAAAGAGAUUUCAUAUUGGUUUCCUUUUUUAUACAACAAUUAGGAUUUUAUGGUUUGGUUGACUGACUAACAAAUGAUAUACUCAGUACUGUAAAACCAUACCUGAAAUCGCAAUGUAUAACUAGACUGGAAAAAUUAUAAAGUGUAAUUUUUUUAAUUUUUUGUAAAAUUAUUAUAUAGUGAUAUUAUAUUCAUUAAGGUUCACAUUUUCUUUUAUCCUUAAAAAAGUUUUGCCAAAGAGAGAAAUAAAAUUUUAUUU